CCCUCUCUGUGUGUUUAAAACAUUUAUCUCCUCGGCAGCUCAGAGCCUGCAGAGCGAGAGAACACUGUCCUACAGCUGGUCUGGGAGAGGGAGGAAAUAGCUUGUCGUUGCCACAGACAGACAUCCUGCAACACGUUGACUCCUGUUCUGCUAUGGAGCGCUGGGUUCUCCUCUCUCUGUCUCUCCUGGCCUACCUGUAUCUGGAGGUGGCUGGAGCUGGGGCCCAGGAUCAGAAAGGGUUGGCUGGCCAGGGCCACGGGAGGAGGAGAGGGCCAGGGGGCGCAGAGCACAACCAGCUCCAGGGAGUAGGACUAGGACGGGGAAAGAGGAGGAAGGCAGGAGGGCCCGGGAAAGGGAGAGCCAGGGGGAACAGGGACAAUCAGAGAUCAAAACCCCCCCUGGGUCUGACGAGGCUGGGGAGUCUUCCACCCAACGCAGGAGACAGAGGGACGAGGCUGGGGAGUCUUCCACCCAACGCAGGAGACAGAGGGACGAGGAUGGGGAGUCUUCCACACAACGCAGGAGGAGACGGAGGGACGAGGCUGGGGAGUCUUCCACCCAACGCAGGAGGAGACAGAGGGACGAGGAUGGGGAGUCUUCCACACAACGCUGGAGGAGACAGAGGGACGAGGAUGGGGAGUCUUCCACACAACGCAGGAGGAGACAGAGGGACGAGGCUGGGGAGUCUUCCACACAACGCAGGAGGAGACGGAGGGUUUAUUUUCAUUGAGUCGUACAAGAGUGUUGACGAGAGAAAGUCUAACUACAAUGUAAUCCCAGGUAAACGGGGCCAGUGUGCGUACCAGGGCAUCACCAUGUUUGAGAAAGCUGUCUGGUCCCCCAAGCAGUGUGUUACCUGUCUGUGUAGUGGAGGGGAGGUGGUCUGUGACGAGAUCCUUUGUCCCCAGCUACGAUGUCACUACCCCUACACUCCCACUGGGGAGUGCUGUCCUGUCUGCAUGGAUACAGUUCCCAACGACCCCAGCGACCAUGUGAACCCUGACCUUGACCCCGCCGUGCCCCGCUCCCAGGCCGAGAUCGAACUCCUCUUGAAGAGAGAGGAGGAGGAGCACAGGGAGGAGGAGGCACGUCUUCUCAAGAAGGACGCCGAGAAAAAGAGGAGGAAGAAACAGAAGAAGGAGGAGGCUGAGAGACAGAGGAGUCUGCAGGAGGAGAGGAGUCUGCAGGAGGAGAGGAGGCUGCAGGAGGAGAGGAGGCGCGAGGAAGAGCGGCUGCAGAUGGAGAAGGAGGCAGAGAAGGCCGAGAAGAUGCAGGAGGAAGCAGAGGCGGCCAUGAAGGAGCAGGAAAGGAAGCUGGAGGAGGAGAGGAGGAGACACGAGGAGGACCUGAAGGAGAACCUCAGGGAGCUAGAGGAGGAAGAAGAAGAGGAAGACAUGGAGUGGCUGUUGAGAGGAGAUGUUUUCCAGAUCUUUCCAGAGGAGCCGACCGAAGAGGACCUCCUUACACCUCCCUUAGCCGAGCCCACUGAGAAACAAGAGGAGGAUGGAGGAGAGGAGUGGGGAGUGGUGGCACACAGACCUGGGAACACCCUCCCGUUAGGUUGUGAUAUCUCUGAUGUCAUCGUGACGUGUGAGAACGCUCAGCUGACCAACUUCCCUCCCCUGAACAUCCCUGAACUCAAGUCUCUGAGCCUGGAGGGUAACGCCAUCACAACCAUCCCAGUGGGGGCGUUCAAUGGUAUCCCCAACCUGGAGUGGAUUAACCUGAGCAAGAACAAGUUGGUGACUUCUGGCAUUGCCCCACGUGCCUUCAAAGGCCUGAAGUUCCUGAGCCGUCUGUUCCUGGACAACAACCUCCUAGAGACGGUUCCAACAGAUCUCCCAUCAACACUACAGGAACUCAAGAUCAACGAGAACCACCUCAAAGGCAUCGAGGAGAACAGCUUCCGAGGUCUGAGUAGCCUGUUGAUCUUGGAGUUGGAGGGGAAUGUCCUGAACGAAGGGACCGUGGAUCAUCAAGCUUUCAGUCCCCUCUCUCAGCUCUCUUACCUCCGUCUGGGCAGAAACCACUUCAGGACCGUCCCCCAGGGCCUGCCUCCAUCUCUACUGGAGGUUUAUCUAGAGAACAACCUGAUAGAAGAGAUAUCCGACUGUGUCUUCAACCAAUCCACUAACCUGAACGUGAUCUCACUGAGACACAACAGACUGGAGGAGUCCAGGAUAGCACCUCUAGCAUGGAUCAACCACAAGAACCUGGAGUCCAUUGACCUGUCCUACAACCGCCUGUACCUGGUCCCAUCCUACCUGCCCAGAGCUCUGGUCCACCUGGUCUUGGUAGGGAACCAGAUUGAGAGAAUACCAGGGUUUGUGUUCGCCCACAUGGAGCCGGGGAUAGAGUACCUGUACCUGUCCCACAACAAGCUGGAUGGGGAGGGAGUGGAGCCUCAGUCCUUCUUCGGUGCUCACACCUCCAUGACAGAGCUGUGUUUAGACCACAACCAGCUCAUAACGGUUCCCCCUGGUAUCAACCAGAUGAGCACUCUGCACUUCCUCCACCUCAAUAACAACAGAAUCAGGACCUUUGCUGAGGAUGCCAUCUGUGACCCUGAGAACAAUGAGGACUCCCACAUCGUGAUGCUGCGCCUGGAGAACAACCUCAUCGACCCCAGAAAGAUCUCCCCCAUCGCCUUCUCCUGCGUACGCUCUUACUCUAGCGUCGUCUUGAGACCUCAGUGGACCAAGUAACGGGAUUUGAAAAACUGUGUGGCAGAAUUGCCUAGGCACCCCUGUAGAUCUGGAAGGCUGGGAUAGGUGGAAACAAUAUGGUGACAUUUCCACACAGCCAAUCACAAGGCAAGAGGAGGAAGCAAUUAUCCUUAACAAUAUGGUGACAUUUCCACACAGCCAAUCACAAGGCAAGAGGAGGAAGCAAUUAUCCUUAUCCUCUCAGAUCAACAGAGCCUGGAAUUCAGCCGCUGUUAUUUUAGCAAAAAAAAAUCCAAAACCAAAAGAAAUUGUCAGUGAAAUCACCAAAAACAAAAAC